AAACUGACAGCGGAAGUAACCCGGAAGUAGCAAAACCGCCUUAGUAAACCAUGCUUGAAUGGAGGUGACCUUAGUGCCUAAUCUAUACUUAGGUAAAAUCAAUUUCGGACAGCUCCCUCGACCUAUGCGCCCACCUCGUAUUGUUUAACACAAAACGUAUAUUAUAUAAAGUAUUUAACGGAACGAGCAGACAUGGCGGAGGCUCACCAAGCACGCGUUCAGGCUGUGGUGGAGGAAAUGGUCCAAAGCCUGGAAAGGGAUCACAUCCGCAAAAUGCAGGCUCGCAUGUUCAAGUGCAGCGCGGACUGCUGUGAUCGAACCACGGACUCCAUGACUCAAGUGCAUCAAUGCAUCGACAGGUGUCACACUCCUCUGGCCAAAGCCCAGGGGCUCGUCACUAACGAGCUGGAGAAGUUUCAGGACCGUCUGGCCAGAUGCACAAUGCACUGCAACGACAAGGCGAAGGAUCUGUUUGACUCGGGUGCCAAGGAGCCCGCCGUCCGGUCGCUGAUGGAGCGAUGCGUGGGCAGCUGUGUGGACGACCACAUGAACCUGAUCCCCAGCAUGACCCGUAGAAUCCAGGAGAACCUGGACUCUAUACCCCAAUGAGACAACAAAUGUCAACACUUGCACUUAGUAGGAGACGUGGUAUUCAAAUGGUCCAGAAUGCCAGAAUUUGAAUCAUUCACAAGGUGUUGAACUGUCACAUAUUUAAGAAGUUUGUCAUUUGUAAUACAAGGUCUGUCUCUGUGAAACAAUUAAACAUGGAACAAUGCAAUGUUAA